AUGAUGUCAAUGAAUAGCAAACAGCCACACUUCGCCAUGCAUCCGAGUUUACCUGAGCACAAAUACACCACUCUGCAUUCCAGCUCGGAAGCGAUAAGAAGAGCCUGUCUGCAAGCUCCACAGGUAAAUGAAACCCAAACUUCUGCUUUGUGUCUUCCCUUUCCUAUCUAUGCUCUUUCUGUGCCCGGGCUUCUGCAUGCUGGAAGUGUUCGUGUUACUGUAACUGCGCGAGUGCAAUAAUAAGGAAGGAACGCUCCGAGGCACAUCCUGCCAAAGCCAACUGCUUGCGCCUUAAUGUUUUUCUUCUUCUUCUUCUUCUUCUAACAUGUGUUUCCACGGCAAUCACCCGAACGCCUGUGAUCUUUUUUGAAAGCCAUGCCGAAUACAAAAGCUACCGACUUUUUUUUUAUGACUCGGUGACAGUCUUCUAAAAGGAAUAUUCUUCGUGUUUUUAUGUGUUGUCAGAAGUCCCACAGCUGACAUAUCCACUUAUUCAUCAUGUGCUUGUUCUUUCUCUUUCCGCAUUGCUUUGUUUCUGUUCCCUCAUCUCCCUUCCCUCUCUCCGUAUCUCCUCUCCAUUGCAGCUGCAGAGUAACAUAUUCGCCAGCCUGGAUGAGACCCUCCUGGCCCGCGCCGAAGCUCUGGCGGCCGUGGACAUCGCAGUGUCCCAGGGCAAGACGCACCCUUUCAAGCCGGACGCCACCUACCACACCAUGAACAGCGUGCCAUGCGCCUCCAACUCCACGGUGCCACUGGCCCACCACCACCACCAUCACCACCACCACCACCACCCCAACAUGGAACCCCCGGACCUCAUGGACCACAUCAACUCCCCGUCCUUAGCGCUCAUGUCCAGCCACGACGGCUCCGGGGGCGGGGGUGGAGGAGGUGGUGGCGGGCUGAUCUCCACCUCUGCCCACCCUCACUCACACAUGCAUGGCUUGAGCCACCUCUCUCACCAGGCCGCCAUGAACAUGAAUUCCCCUCUCACCCACCACGGUCUUUUACCUGGCCACCACGGAGGGGGCCAGGGCGGGCCAGGACUCAAUAACAACGGGCUUUCCUCUAUAAAUGACUCGGACACGGACCCCAGGGAGUUAGAGGCGUUCGCGGAGCGCUUCAAGCAGAGGCGGAUCAAGCUGGGGGUGACCCAGGCGGACGUUGGCAAUGCGCUGGUUAACCUGAAGAUACCCGGCGUGGGAUCGCUAAGCCAAAGCACCAUUUGUCGGUUCGAAUCGUUGACUCUGUCCCAUAACAACAUGAUAGCGCUCAAACCCAUCCUUCAGGCGUGGCUCGAGGAGGCCGAGGGCGCGCAGAGAGAGAAACUCAACAAACCGGACAUUUAUAGCGGAGGGGAAAAGAAACGGAAGAGAACGUCGAUAGCGGCACCGGAAAAGAGGUCGUUGGAGGCGUACUUCGCCGUACAACCUCGCCCGUCGUCCGAGAAGAUAGCGGCUAUCGCUGAAAAGUUGGACCUGAAAAAGAACGUGGUUCGAGUAUGGUUUUGCAACCAAAGACAAAAACAGAAACGGUUAAAAUUCUCCGCUUGUCACUGA